AUGGCUUGGAAAUCUAGAACAACUGUAUAUGGAUCUGAUAAUUCAUUAACGUCUUUAGGAUUUCCUGCAGAAAAGUCCACAGGGGCAGCUUUCAAUCGUGCGGUGAAGAUUGGCCAGUUGGAUGCAGCAUUCCGGUUGAAACCAGCUGCAGGACCACCAUUGUCUGUAGAGAAGAUGAUGAUACUGUUGCUGAGCAUUUUAGCUCUGUUCAGAGCUGCCACAACACGACCCACCGACUGGUCCAGCUCAGACAGCAUCGCUGCACAAACAAUAUUAAAUCAUUAG